AUGGAUGGGUUGUCACCCACCGACGCAGAUUUUGGUGGCGACCGCAGGGCGGUGCAGGGUCAGUGCGAUUUGUGCAGCAGUGCAGCAGAUCCAAGCUUCUGGGGGGAUGCAGUUGAUGCAACCCUUGUUGUUGCUUGCGCCCCUUUUGCGGCCAUCCUGGCUGAUGGAUCUGCGCUCACGUGGCGUGAUGCUUUACCAGGUGUCGACAGCAUUGCAGUACUGGCCCAGUUCAUUCCGGUGCAAGAGAUCCAGGCUUCUGAUCAGCCUCUCUUGCCGCAAUCCUUGAUGCCGCAUUGCUGCCGACUUCCGUGUAUCAGCAGCGGUACAGGAUCAGAUCAGUGGUCGCAUGAGCUGAUGCCAACUCCGAGGGCGACCGCAGUGCAGUCCAGCAGUUCCGACUUGGAUGGCGACAGCAAUUGCGCGAUGCUUCGGCUGCAAUCCUGGCUGAUGGAUCUGCGAUCACGUGCUGUGCGGAACAACACUUCUGCUGCUCAGCUCAGGUUCCCCGUGCCGCCUCGCAAAGGAGGUGGAGCUGCGUCCGAUGCGAUGAGCAGAGUGGUCGGAUAUUUGCGAUCUCAGAAGCAGAGGCAGUGGAGUUGCGUCUGUUGCGAUGAGCAGUGUGGUCGGAAGUGGAGCUGCGACCGCUGCGAUGACCAGUGUGGUCGGACAUUUGCGAUCUCAGAUGUGUUCUGUCUGGGGGCUCAGCUGCGAGAGGUGCAGCAGAUCCCGGCUGCUGGUGGGGCACUUGCCGGCGCGGUCAUGAUCGACAGCUGUCGUGUGCAGCAUCGCGUUCAGCGGCGAGAUUUGCAGCAGAUCCAGGCUCAGGUAGCGAAGUGGAUGCAAUUUGUUUGUGAUGGGUCUGUGGUCACGUGGGGCAGCCGCGACAUGGGGGGCGACAGCAACUUCUUGCUGCUGUGGCUGCAAUCCUUGCAGAUGGAUCUGUGGUGGCGUGGAGUGAGGCCGACUUUGGGCAAGCCUUAG